AUGGAUCCGACACACGCGUUCGAUCCUUCGAGAAUGAAGGCCGCAGCGGCGGAAUAUUCCUCAUCGGAAUCAGAAGAAGAGGAUGACGACUACUUAAUGCCGUCAACCAACCCCAACGCGGACGAAUUCGCCGACUACAAUCCUCGGAAGCGGCGAAGAACUGGCCGCAAUGCCAAGGAGAGCGCAGCGCUUGGUAUAUUUGGCUCGGAGAGCGAGGAUGACAGACCAGGGCAGCGAUGGAAGAAAAAGACACUCCGGAACAAAGGCAUGAGCUUUGUGUCGGCCGAUGAUGCGAAAAAGGGCAGUGAAGAGGACGUCGUGGCAGAAGACGACAGCGAUUAUGGGGAGCCUGAAAGAGCCAGCUUCAUGCGCAUAAACAGUGAAAAAGAGGAUGAGGACGACGAGGACGAGGAUGAGGGCGAGGGCGGCACUCCAGGAAUUGGACUGGGUUACGCCGCGCCAGCAGGACUUGGUCGUGGGCGGGUAUCCCCAUCAGGCCAAGACAGGUACCAACCCCCGGAGAGGUCAUUCAAAUUCGGCAGCAUGAGCGAGCCUCUUGGAAUGGGAUUCAUGCCUUCUUCCACCAAGGAGCCGGUCCUCAAGGUUAACGAUGACGCACCAACCCGUCCUCAGAAAGCAAUGCCGAGCGCCUUCUCCUCGAAAGGCGGCAAAACCAAAAUCAAUCCGAAAUCAUUUGGCGCUCGCAUGAUGGCAAAGAUGGGCUUUGUUGACGGCUCGGGUCUAGGAAAAGAGGGCCAAGGUCGAAAUGUCGUUAUUGAGGCAAAUUUGCGUCCCCAGAAAGUGGGUCUCGGUGCUGUGAAAGAAAAGACAGAACAGGAGAGGCAAGAGGAAAAGCGUCAGGCAAGGCUCCGAGGAGAAGUGGUAAUUGACUCGGACGAGGAGGACAAGAAAAGGAAGGCGUCCCGCGCAAAGAAAGCUCGAGCAGGAGGUUUGAAGAGCGGCAGUGGUAGUGCUGCGAGCACACCCAGGCGGCAAAAACCGAAGUUUGCAACGAUUGAAGAAAUCAAGAAAGCCGCACCGGGCCUAGACAUUCCAGCUGCAUUUACACCGAUUCUGGAUCUUACGGGCCCGGGCAAGAAGAUGCUGACCUCGUCUUCUGGGUUGAUGACUCCCACUGCGGGCACAACAGAAGAGGAAGGCGACUUGCAAUCGAAGAAGCUGGUGUUGCGAGCCCAGAAUGACUUCAUGGCCAUUCUCGAGGAGUGGCAGGGAUUACAGGAGCGGAAGGCCUUUGCGGAAUUGCAAUUGCAUCAGGAGCAACAGGAGCUCGAGGAACUGGAAAAGGCCGUCGAGAGCCACCAAACCACUGCGGCUAUUUUUGAAGAGCUCACGCAAUUUGAAGACGAAGACGAGGUGCUCCUCAGUGGAGGCGAUUAUACGAAGCAACGAUGGGAUCGAAUUAUCUCUCUGUUGCGUAAAGCAGACCAGUCGACAUCGGGUCUCACGAUUAAGGAAGUCAAGGAAGAAAUGGCGUCGAUAGCAGUCGCAGCCAUCCAACCGAUCAUGAAGGACAUGGUCGAGAACUGGAACCCUUUGGAAGAUGCACGAGCACAAUAUGCGAAUGACUUGGAGUCCAUCAAAGACCUACUCGGUCUGCACAAAUCUGCAGCCCUGCCUCAAAUGAGAUCGUCAGCAACACCUUACGAGAGCAUGAUGUACAAGCUUUGGUUGCCUCAUGUCUCACGGGCAGUGCGGGAAUGGAAUGUACGAGACGCUGAACCAAUCAUCGCCGUUUUCGAGGCCUGGCAAAACGUGCUACCUGGGUUCCUCAAGACCCAACUACUGGAACAAGAUAUUAUCAGGAGACUGGACGAGGCGAUUGCGAAAUGGGAGCCAAAGAGGAAGAAGCAACACAACUUGCCACACUUGUGGCUUUUCCCGUGGUUCCAAUACUUGCCCGAGCACCAUCUAGAUCCUAAAAGCUCCACAGGUCUUGUUGCAGAUGUCAAACGGAAAUUCAGGCAGCUCAUCGACGUGUGGGAGUUCAACCGAGGGGUUAUUCCGGGCCUCAGAGAGUGGAGGAAUGUCCUGCGCAACAAUCGCACCGAUCAAUGGACACCGCUUGUACUGCAUCACAUCCUACCGAACAUGGCUCGUUACAUACGCAAGAACUUCGAUGUUAACCCGUCAGACCAGGAAACCGAUGUUUUAUCAGCGGUGCUGGAUUGGCUUGAUCCUGUGUCACCCACCAUGAUUGCUGAGGUCAUUGCCGCAGAGGUUUUCCCGAAAUGGCACGAGAUUCUGUAUCAAUGGCUGAUUAUGGACACGGUCAAUUACGAAGAUGUCGCUCAAUGGUGUGAGUGGUGGCAUGACGAGGCCUUGGCUGGAAUCGACGACCUACCCUCGAUUGCGUCUGAGUUCGAGAAGGGCAUCCAGACAAUCGAGCAUGCGCUAGAGUUGUUUGAUCUAAACCAGGACGCAUCAACCUCCCUGCCUCCACCGCAGCAUGGCAGUGGUGUUGCCUCGCAAAAGGCCACCAAGACAAAUGGGCAUCACCAUCACAAGCGGGAUCAUCACCGCGAGCACAAGCACCACGCAAGUCCGUUCGAGCCCACCAAGAAGGACUUGGAACGGUCAUUCCGUCAUGUUGUGGAGGAUUGGUGCCAAGAAAACGAUCUGCAAUUCAUGCCAGAACGUAGAAAGGUGCACUCCGAGGGACCACUGUACAGGAUCACGGCUCGAGGCGACGGUAAGGGAGGUGCACUGACAUACUUCAAGGGCGACAAGCUCUGUGUCCAGACAAAGACCGGAGUUGAGGAAUUCACAGGCGAACCUGGGAGCAGCGAUUGGGACAGGCUGAUGACGUACGCGCUGUAG